CCUGAGAUUGAUUUCUUCCUCCGUUUGGAAAAGAGAUUGUUCCCCUGGGUUCACUAUGCGCGCCAGUCGUCCUUUUCUCUCUAUCGCUCAUACAAGGGUCGUGGGCUGGUCUUCUGCGCAGGCAACGGACAGUUUGAAUUCGUGGUGACCUCGAUCCAGGCGGUUCGCAAUCGUCUCAAGUCGAAAUUGCCUAUUCAGGUCUUCCACAUGGGCGAUAACGACCUGUCGAGGGAAAGGCAGAAGUACCUGAGAGACAUGGCGUCGGACAUUGAGAUCAUUGAUGUGACCCAGAUCCUGGACAACGACUAUAUGCAACUCGGAGGAUGGUCCAUCAAACCAUUUGCGAUGCUGGCCUCGAGCUUUGAGGAGGUCAUGUUUAUCGAUGCCGACGCUUACUUUUUGCAGGACCCCGCUGUGCUUUUCGAGGACCCAGGGUACCUGGCAACUGGAGCGUUAUUCUUUUAUGAUCGAACACUGUUCGCCGGUGGGUCUAAAGGAUCGGACUGGCUCAAGUCGGUGACGCCCAUCCUCUCGUCCUUUCCCCCAAUCUCCCGCAUGUUUAGACGGGUUUCGGCCCAUGAGCAGGAAUCCGGGGUGGUACUAGUCAACAAAAGAACGCGCUUCUUGGGCAUACUAGCGACCUGUAAGAGCAACGGCAAGUGGGAGCGUGAUCUGGUCAGCUACGAGGUCUUCCAUGGCGAUAAGGAGACGUUCUGGACAGGAUUCGAGAUGAUUCAGGAGCCCUAUGUGUUCAUGCGCAACUAUGGUGGUGUGAUUGGCGAACUUCGACCUGACAAUGAUCAGUCUGUGUGCGGUGCGCAACUGCAUGAGGACUAUCGCGGGCAGCCUCUGUGGUGGAACGGUGGAUUGUACCGUAACAAGAACGCGGGUAAUAACCGGUAUCUGACAUUCGAUUACUGGAUGUCGGGU